AUGUCGACGCUACAUUCACCUUCCCCUACCUUUGAGGAUUCAUGCUUGGAGCUGUCUCGCGCGAUGACGACCUACAUGCACGCCGUAGGAAGUCGUUACAUUGACGACGCCACACUGAUGAGCCAAUAUUUACUCAAUCUCUUUGAACUAUGGGUCGCCAUGGACUCUGCAGCCAUUAGUGCAUGCCCGACACUCACUGAAUACCACCCUUCCUUUGUGCCCGAGGCCCUAGACAUGCUCUGUUUCAUGAGUAAAAGCGACAUGGCUAGACUUCGUCAGGUACAGGAGCACAUCUUCAACCGCAUCACACACUGUAGUCACGCUCGACUGAACAUCUUCGACGAUCCAAGCCACAAGAAAAUAUUCGCCGAAUCAUACAUGAGAGACUGCGGGGAAAGUUCUGGGCUAAAGUCACUUAUGGAGCGGAUCGAAGCGGCGUCUGUCGCGUCCGAAGAAGACAAGAAGAGAGAGCUCAGCCUACUCAUGUCGCAGCACGAAAAGUUGUCGGCCGAGAUCAAAAGUGGCACCUGCGUCUGCACACGCCAAGCCGACGGCACCCUAGACGUGCGUGGAUGCAAGCGAUGCUACAAGGCACGCUGCCGCCGGCGCCUCAAGAUUAAAGUUCACGAGGCAUUCCUCCCCCGAAAAAAGCCGCUCAAGGCUGCCGUUUUGCUGGAGCUCGGAAUGCCGGAAUUUUUAGCAGCAUAUCGCGAUGCUACCUGGCGGCUGAGAAUGCUAGGCUGGAAGAAUGCCACGCGAGGAUGCGAAGCGUCCGUGUUUCUAGCUGGUUUUCGUCCUUUAAAGUCAUUUCAAAGCAAAAUUAAGUCGAGGACUUCACUGAUCCUGGCUUCCCAGAGCAAAUCCUACCUACAGACUCACUACAAGGAGCUGAGAUUGCCCAAAAUGCCAGCUGAAGUGUUGCUGAGUUUCGGCCCAACAUUCACUUACUAUGACGCAGCAAAUGGUAUAUGGGCCAAUGACUGUAGAGAAACGCCGUGGUAUCAUCAUUUGCUAGGACCAUGGCUCCCAGGAGGCAUCUCGGAUCCUUUUGCCCAACCACUUUUAUACAUGGAUAAUAUGGAGCAUCCGAGCUCUUACGAGGUCGCUGCUAACCAAGAUGAGUGCCCUCCAGGCAUGUCACACCAUGAAUUCACGGCAUAUCAAGCAGUCAUAUCAGGUGCGUACAGGAGGUGGAUGGCGUUGACCCUCGAGUUGGGGUCUACAAAUCUGAAUCUCAGCAGCUGCUCGACGUCCAAGUGUCUCCGACGUCUGGCGUUGCAGUCUGGGCCACCGCAUCUAGCCGCCGAGUCAGAUCCUUUGGGAAAAGUUCACUCCGUGUUUCAAGACAUUGAGUUCUGCAAGUCCCUAGAGCAACAUAUUCGUCUACGUUUGGGCGCCCUGCAAUCUGGUAGAAGAGACCUGGACGGGAUGAGCAUUCUCCUGGCUUGUACCUUGCGUCUGUUCUAUCUAGGCCCCGGGGAAGUCAAGCCAAAUAUCACCAUCUUGUUAUUUGAGAUGCGCAGUCUCCUAUCCCUGUGGAUCUCCCAGCUCCGUCAAGAAGUGAGGUCCACACGGGAUGGGCAGACGGCACGCAAGUCUGCCUCCAGUGCAUUUUGGGCGGCUUUGCUAUGCCGAGAGACUUUUACGGCCGGAACUUUUAGCGAGACAUAUAUCUCAGAGGAAGAAGCUUUAAAUUUCUUCAGAGCAUCCAUCGCGCUCUCUGAGAACCUCAUCGUCAAAUUGGACGUCAUUCCUCAAGAUUUGCAGCAACUUCUGGCGCAAAACAUGAGUUGGGCGUGCGCCAUCAGCAAGAAUAUUAAAAUGAUGACAUUUGGAAAUAGUCCAGCGCUCGAGAAAAUAAUUAACGAGACAUGGACACAUUACGGAGACUCGGAAGCGCGGUCGUUCUCGGACUGGACAUUCUGCGAUGGGGGUGACUGGCUCACAUCAAGGACCCUUGCGACGAAGCUUGUCUCUUCGCAGACCGUUCACUACCAUUGUAUCGAAGGUCAUCUUUUGAUAGAUGGUAAGACUCUGGGACAAUUACCGCCCGCUAUUCGAGACGCUGCGGGCAUUUUGGAGCUGUUCCAAGGGCAGCAUCUCCUGACCAGAGCUUCGGGUGUGGCCGGAAUGGAGUAUCAAAUCAUCAACAGCACCGAGAAUCACGAAGUACACGUCGGAAUUAGCCAGGGAGAGGUCAUAAUUCGUGCGAGGUUUAAUAAUCAGCUCCUCCAGUAUGUUCCUCGCGAAAUCUUUCGAAACAAUACAACGUUAGAUCUUCCCUCAGGACUGGUGGACGACUGCGUGCAUUGGCUCAAUUUGCACACCGGUGAUCUUGAGAUGCGUCGAAAGCCAAGUAUUUGGGUGCCCAAACCCUCCAACUGGAUAUUGAACGUCCAAAAUCAGACGGCCGUUCGCGGACGUAUCGUCCACGGCGCAACAACGGUCAAGGAGGGGACGAGUCUCGUUGAACCCCAGUCGCACAUAGGCAGGAUCAUCGCCAACAUCUUCAGAGAUUUCGAAGAUGCAAGCAAUCUGACCAUUUUUCAGCCAUUGAGUUCCGUUGGACGUCUUUCUGUUGAAAUUAAGCGGUUGGAAAUGCGCUUCUUUGUAAAUCGCAAGGGGCUGCUACAAUCACCUCAGCUCAAGUCCGAAGUCGACCCCGUGCAGGACUUGGGCGCGCUCCAUGGUCUUCAAAGCAAGAUUGUUUUACGAAACUCUGCCAAUCCCCGCCGUCAGAGUGUCAUGGUUCCCAUCGGGCCUUGUUCCUGGGAAAGAAACGGGCUGCACGUCUCGGUCAAAAUUUUGAACGAAGGACGUUAUGCCCUAUUCACAAUCGAUCCGCUCCUAGGCAGACUUACUUGCGCUCCUGAGCCUGCAUUGUUCUAUCUGAAAGCUUUGGUUCAUGCGAUGACGUCGUUUCCCAUCCCAGACAAGCUCACUGGGCGUACCGGAACAGAAGAGGCCCGCAUGUGCCUGACCGCUGGCCAAAGUCAACCAUGGAAGCCGCUUAACGUACUUCCCAAGGGAAUACUAUCCAUGAUUAUGGAUAUAGGCCCCAAACGAGAAUACUAUCCGCCAAAUCUGAGGCUGUACCAGCGUGUGGUUUGGGAUGACGGGCUGACGUCAACAAUUCAGCACGAGCAGUUGGCCGUCCACGCAGCUGAUAUACUACGUCAGUCUCAGGCGCUAGAUGUGCUCAAUGGAUCGGCAAAUGCUCAGGAUACGCUUCAGCUGCAACUGCCUGAUUUGAGUGUUCUUUCACUCAGGGGAAUCCUUCGUCGGCAAGUUUACGAGCGCAUAACGCACCCUUCUGACAUUGAGCUGCUAUCUCGAGCAAGCGAAAGCCAUGUCUACCAUCCACGAGGCACAGAAUUUCAAGCCAGAGAAAGCACCAGAGUGUAUCGCAGCAUCAAGCAGCUGCGAGCAAGGUCUGGGGAGUUCCCGAAGCCCCAGUCUCUGCGCCGCAUGCUGAAAAACUGGCGGUCUUUCGACGGCUUCAACGACACGUUUGACAUGCUGGACAUUGCACGGAAUCUGAGCAUCGAAACGCCCAAGGCGUUUGGACCAUUGGUAAAAUUACUUUCAUCGUCUUCCGACAUCACGUUGGAUCACAUGGCCCAAUUGAGCUUUGCACUGUUUGUGUUUGGUAAACAGCGCAGCGCAAAGGCCAUUAAAUGGUUGGCGGCUAUUGGAAGUCGUAUUGAUUUGCAAAGUAUAGCACCACCCAAAAUAGAUAUGUUCGCACAUUUCGAGCCGGAGUGCGGCUUUGAUGAGCUAGCAAUCGAGAUGCUAGUCAUAUCUUGCCAGGAAAGCUAUCCUAGUUACCUGUCCAGUGGUGGUGUAGGGCGCAAACUUCGACGGGCAGUGGCACCAAGUCUGCAAAUGUACGAAGGCCAUGUCCAGCAAGAUGCUGAGAACAUAGCGUCUUGGCUGGGGAAUGCGUGGCCCGACAUUCCUCUUUCGCGCGCGCAAUUCAACGAGGAGUGCAACAGACUAAACCUGAAAGUUGUGAGCUUGAAGAAAGUGUGGACUUGCUUAGAGCCAGAGCUGCAGCGGCUAUCACAGAACCACACCUUGUCGCAGUAUAUAAGCUCACUUGAAGUCGCCUCAGGAUUAUUACACGGCGACAGCGGUAGCCACAGCUACAGCAAUACCGGCAACGACAACGACAACGACAACAACGAUGCCACUGCUACAGAACGCGGCUGCAACACAGUUGAACCGGCUGCCCUCGGUGUUCAAUCACAUUUUCCUGGGUUUGAGAUCGCUCCAUUUCGAGUGCCAUCUCUUACAGAAAUUGCGCGCUGUUGCCGGGAUGAGACAGAGAGUGCUAUCUGGAGUGCUUACCGCAGCGGAGCACCAGCCCAAGGAGGUUCUCGCCAACUUCGGCUUACGGGUACUCUACAACGCUCCGCAUCUAUUUCAAGGGAGCUCUCGAUCCUACAUGAAAUAGUUCAACCGUUCAAAAAUUCGGAGAGUGUGCUCCAGCAGCAGUAUGGUCAAGACCUUGAGGAUUCCAUCACAGCAAUGUCAUCGUUUCUCGAGCAACCAAAAGCUCCCUACCUGGUUCUCAGUCAAGAUGAUGUCGAUUUUCAGAUUCAGAAUGCUGAAGAGGAGUUCUAUUAUGCGCUCAACGACAUUCAUCGGCCACUGAUGCAGCAAAGCGCUUGCUACUUCUGGCUCGAAAAGGGUCACCUGUGGCCGUUCACUCAUUUAUAUUGGCACUUUUUUGACUAA